CAACUGACUUAUUUUGCAACUGUUCUUUCCUCUUCGAUCAAAGUUAACUUUUUGCAUCACGUACUGAUUGGGUAGGAGUGGGAAUUCGAAUUGAUGAUGCAGUUUAGAAGGGUCAGCAGCUGCAGACUUUCCAUUUUCCUUCUCCAUCUCCUCCUUGCUGGUUUCAUCUCCCCCACCAUCGAAGCUGGCAACCUCUUGAUUCCAGGCCAACCUCUUUACGACGAUGGAGCAUCUUUGAUCUCCUCCGAUGGCCGCUUCGAACUGGGAUUUUUCAGCCCUGCCGGCUCCGGCCGUCGCUACAUCGGGAUAUGGUACCGCAACAUCUCACAAACACCUGUGUGGGUCGCCAACCGUUUGCGCCCGAUCGAUGGUCGAUCAGGACGCCUUUCGCUCUCUGGCGAAGGUAUGCUUGUCAUCGCCAGUAAUAACUCGACCACCAUCUGGUCCUCCUCGACUAUGACCAGACUCACGAACCCCGAGGCGACGCUCUUCGACGACGGGAACUUCGCCGUCAGGGAGGCGGGCAACGAUGAGCCCGACAGCUUUGCAUGGCAGAGCUUCGACUUUCCGACCGACACACUCCUCCCCGGCAUGAAGCUGGGCUGGGACCUUACCACCAGACUCAACCGCAACCUCACAUCAUGGGCGAGCGCCGACGACCCGUCGCCCGGUGACUACACCUUGGGCAUUGACCUGCAAGGUGACCCCCAAUUGUUCCUAUGGUCUGGAACGCAGCAACGUCAUUGGCGAGGGGGCCCAUGGAACGGCCUUCAUUUUAGUGGUGGACAAGGAAUGAGUGAUCCAAAACUUUUCAACGCAACGUUUGUGGUCGACCCUCACCAAGUCAUCUACUCAUUCAACCUUCUCCAUCCUUCGACCAUCUCAGUGUUGGUCAUUGACCACUCGGGUGUGUUACAACGUCGUGUUUGGGUCGACGGCGCAAGGGCGUGGAAUGUUACCUGGAACGUGCCAACGGAUUCGUGCGACAUGAUGUCUAUCUGCGGCGUCAUUGCCGUCGGCAGUCCCAAUGCUCCGCCCGUACAGAUGUGUAGAUGUCUACCAGGCUUUCUUGUAAAUAACUCAGAGUCUUGGAAGCCAGGGAAUACACCGUAUGGUUGCUUGAGAAAAUUUCCAUCGAAUUGUGGGAAUGUGACAGAUGUGUUCUUUCGAAUGCCUGGUUCGAAGCUAUCGGACACAACGACAUCAGUAGUGAUGGAAAGAAGAUUGAGCCAAGACCAGUGCCACGAAUCAUGCUUGAUGAAUUGCUCUUGUACAGCCUGUGAAAUCUCUAGCCUCGAUGAAAGUGAGAGCGGGUGCAUAAUGUGGGUAGGCAAUAUCACUGAUCUCAAAUUAUACAACAGUAGUCUUGGAGGAGAAGAUUUGUAUAUAUAUGUCAGGCUGAUGGGAAGAAAAGAUUUGCAUGUCAGGCUGCUGGCGAAUUCUAACCCCUCGAUGCCACCUUAUCUCGGACGUGAACCACCAUUUACCGCAGUUGAACCGUCAUCCAGUCGCGUACCACCAGCCAGUCCGGUUAGUCGCGGAGGUGAACCACCAGCUAGUCCGGUUAGUCGCGGAGGUGCCAGUCCGGUUAGUCGCGGAGGCGAACAACCGGGCAACACAAAUCGGCCACAAGUCCAGACUUCAAAUCAAUCAUCUGCGCGGAGUGGUCACUUAACUGCGAUAUAUAUUGGUGUUCCUGCAGCGUUGCUCAUUUUUCUCCUAGUUUGCAUUGCAUGCUGUGUUUGCAUUGCACGCUGUGUUGGCAGACGCAGGAAGAGAAAGAGCAGCGUUGUUAAAGAAUUAGAAGAGAAGGAUCUGGACUUGCCUUUGUUUGACUUGGACACAGUUUUAGCUGCGACAAAUAAUUUUUCAGCAGAGAACAAACUCGGUCAAGGUGGAUUCGGUCCAGUGUACAAGGGGAAGUUGGUUGAUGGACAAGAGAUAGCAGUAAAAAGACUAUCCAAAACAUCCACACAAGGCAUCACUGAGUUCAAAAAUGAAGUAGUGAUAAUUGCUAAGCUACAGCAUCAAAACCUGGUUCGCCUUCUUGGUUGCUGCAUUCAAAAAGGGGAGAGGAUGCUAAUCUACGAGUACAUGCCCAACGGAAGUUUAGAUGCAUUCUUGUUCGCAAAGCGAAUGUUGUUGGAUUGGAAAACGCGAUACAAUAUUAUAGUCGGAAUAGCUCGAGGCCUCCUUUAUCUCCAUCAUGACUCAAGACUCAAAAUCAUCCAUAGAGAUUUGAAGACUAGUAAUAUUCUUCUUGACAAAGAUAACAUUCCUAAAAUAUCAGAUUUUGGGUUGGCAAGAAUAUUUGGAGGUGAUGAACCGGAAAUAAAUACAAGAAAAGUCGUUGGAACAUAUGGAUACAUGUCUCCUGAAUAUGCAAUGAAUGGAACUUUCUCAAUAAAAUCAGACGUAUUUAGUUUCGGUGUAUUGCUACUUGAGAUCGUUAGUGGCAAAAAGAACAGAGAAGUUUAUAAUUCAAACUACCUGAACCUUUUAGGGCACAUAUGGAGCUUGUGGAAAGAAGAUAAAAGCUUACAAAUCGCUGAUGAAUCAAUUGACCAUUCAUUUUCAGUAGCUGAGGUCAUGCGGUGCAUAAAGAUAGGUCUUUUAUGCGUUCAAGAGCGACCACAAGAUAGGCCGACAAUGCCCUUGGUAGUUAUUAUGUUGGGUAGUGACAGUCCUAUACCAGAACCUAAACAACCUGGUUUUGUUGCUGCUUUAGACUCAUCUUAUUCUUCAAUAGGAAUGCAAUAUCCGAUAUCCAUCAACGAUGCAUCCAACACAACAUUAGAAGGUAGGUAAGACAUGAAAAGUGGAAUGUGAUGUGUGGUACAAUCCAAAUAGACAUUUAUCAUUAGAGCUGUUUGUCGAUUGUGAUAUACUCGUCUAGCCAUUUGGUUGUGCAUGAAUAAUUGUAUGCUGAGUGUGUCAAGUUUUGUCAUGCAAGUGUGGAUCAAAUU